CAGCUGUCAAACGCGUAGGUUGGCAGCGCGACAGUCACAGUGCGACUGUCAAAGCGAUAAAAAAGUUGUCUCCGCAUCGAGAAUUUAAAUAAAUAGUUUCCAGCAUUUCGAAAAUAUGAUACGUGCACCGCUUGUCAAGGCGCUGGGCGCACUGGGCUCACCCACACAUCAGAUCGCCAGUCGAGCGGUGCGCACCAGCGCCAUCGUGGCACAGACACCGGCCAAGGCGCCCGAGAAGAUCGAGGUCUUUGUCGAUGACAUUCCCGUGCAGGUGCUCCCUGGGACCACAGUGCUGCAGGCUGCAGCCCAGGUCGGCGUUGAGAUUCCGCGCUUCUGCUAUCAUGAGCGGCUGGCCGUGGCCGGCAACUGCCGCAUGUGCCUGGUGGAGGUGGAGAAGAGCCCCAAGCCGGUGGCCGCCUGCGCUAUGCCCGUGAUGAAGGGCUGGCGCAUCAAGACCAACUCAGAUCUGACCCGCAAGGCACGCGAGGGUGUCAUGGAGUUCCUGCUGAUGAACCAUCCGCUGGACUGUCCCAUCUGCGACCAGGGCGGCGAGUGCGAUCUGCAGGAUCAGGCCAUGGCCUUUGGCUCCGAUCGCUCCCGCUUCACGGACAUCCACUACACCGGCAAGCGCGCUGUAGAGGACAAGGACAUUGGGCCGCUGGUGAAGACCAUCAUGACCCGCUGCAUCCACUGCACCAGAUGCGUGCGCUUCGCCUCAGAGAUCGCCGGCGUGGACGAUCUGGGCACCACCGGACGCGGCAACGACAUGCAGAUCGGCACCUACGUGGAGAAGCUCUUCCUCACGGAGCUCUCGGGCAACGUGAUCGACCUGUGCCCCGUGGGCGCCCUCACCAACAAGCCCUACAGCUUCGUGGCCCGUCCCUGGGAGAUCCGCAAGGUGAGCAGCAUCGAUGUCCUGGACGCCGUCGGCAGCAACAUCGUCGUGAGCACCCGCACCAACGAGGUGCUGCGCAUCCUGCCCCGCGAGAACGAGGACGUCAACGAGGAGUGGUUGGCGGACAAGUCCCGGUUCGCCUGCGACGGCCUCAAGCGCCAGCGCCUGGUCGCCCCCAUGGUGCGCAUGCCCAACGGUGAGCUGCAGGCCGUCGAAUGGGAGGGCGCCCUCAUUGCGGUGGCCAAGGCCUUGAAGAAGGCCAAUGGACAGGUGGCCGGAGUUGCCGGACAGCUGGCCGACGUGGAAGCGUUGGUGGCGCUCAAGGAUUUGAUCAAUCGCCUGGAGGGCGAGACCGUCGUCACCGAGCAGGGCUUCAUCAAGGGCUCCGGAACCGAUGUGCGAGCCAAUUAUCUGCUCAACAGCACCAUUGCCGGUCUGGAGGAGGCCGAUGCCGUCCUCCUGGUCGGCACAAAUCCCCGCUACGAGGCUCCCCUCGUUAACACGCGCCUGCGCAAGGCCUAUGUCCACAACGAGCUGCAGAUCGCCUCCAUUGGACCCAAGAUCGAUCUGUCCUACGAGCACGACAACCUCGGCUCCGACCCUGGCCUCAUCAAGGACGUCUGCUCUGGCUCGCACGCCUUCUCCAAGGUGCUCGAGGGCGCCAAGAAGCCGGCCAUCAUCAUUGGUGCCGAUCUCCUGGAGCGUGAAGACGGUGCCGCCAUCCAUGCCACCAUCGUGGAGUAUUGCCAGAAGCUGAAGAAGCCAGAGUGGAACCCCUUCAACGUGCUGCAGAACAAUGCCGCCCAGGUGGGCGCCUACGAUGUGGGCUACCAGGCGGGCGCAGAUCGCGCCAUCAAGGCCCAGCCCAAGGUGUUGUUCCUGCUGAAUGCCGAUGCCGGCAAGGUGACUCGCGAGCAGCUGCCCAAGGACUGCUUUGUGGUGUACAUUGGAUCGCAUGGCGACAAUGGAGCCUCCAUUGCCGACGCUGUGCUGCCCGGUGCCGCCUACACGGAGAAGCAGGCUAUCUACGUGAACACGGAGGGCAGGCCCCAGCAGACAUUGCCGGCCGUAUCGCCACCGGGCAUGGCCCGCGAGGACUGGAAGAUAUUGCGUGCCAUCUCCGAGGUGGUGGGCACACCGCUCUCCUACGAUACACUCGACGAGCUGCGCUCUCGCCUCGAAGACAUUUCGCCACAUCUGACGCGCCUCGGAGAGGUGGAGGCGGCCGGCUUCAAUGAGACCGGUGCCCAGGCAGCAAUCAGCAAAUCCAUCAGCGGCGGGGCCAUCGAUGUGAAGCAGAAGGAGCUGCGCGAUUACUUCAUGACCGAUGCCAUUUCACGCGCCUCCCCCACCAUGGCCAAGUGCAUAUCGGCGGUCAACAAACAGCAGCGGCAGGACGAACAGUCCAAGCAGAGCGUCGCCAUCUAGACCUCCUCCAUCCCCCUGAUAUAACUACUAAAUAAUUAAUGCUCUAUAUAUUUUUUUUUUAACUUUGCUUCCGCCCCCCCAAGUCCCCUUAAGAAGAACAGAAUAGUCAGCAGCAGGAGGAAGCAGCAGUAGGAGGAGGAGGAGGAGGAGGAGGAUCAGCAGCAGGAGUAUGCGCGGGCACGAAACAGCCUCAGCGUAGCGCUGAACUGUCGUAAAAUGUCUUUCAAGUUGUUAAAAAACAAAAACAAAAAAGAAUUAUACAAUACGUGAAAAUAGGAAAAAAAAACAACCAAAAUAAACAUCAAAUAGAAAAAUACAAGCAGCCUUCAGAAGGGAUUCCCUACCAAAAGAA